AUGGCCACAACCAGCCUGGGCGAGCGGCUCUGCCCCAACCACGUCCUGACCCUGAUGUCCAUGGCGGCUCGCAUCUACAAGCACCCCAGCCUGAAGAACUCCAUCAACCUGGUGGUGGUGAAGGUGCUGGUGGUGGACGAGGCGGCGGCGGGGCCGGAGGUGUCCGACAACGGCGGGCUCACCCUGCGCAACUUCUGCAGCUGGCAGCAGCAGUUCAACCCCCCGAGCGACCGGCACCCGGAGCACUACGACACCGCCAUCCUGCUGACGAGACAGGACUUCUGUGGACACCAAAGCUGCGACACGCUGGGAGUGGCCGAUAUCGGCACCAUGUGCGACCGCAACAAAAGCUGCUCGGUGAUUGAGGACGAGGGCCUGCAGGCAGCCUACACCCUGGCUCAUGAACUGGGCCACGUGCUCAGCAUGCCCCACGACGACUCCAAGACCUGCGAGCGGCUCUUCGGGCCCCUCGGCAAGCACCAUAUGAUGGCUCCUCUUUUCAUCCACUUGAACAAGACCCAGCCCUGGUCCCCUUGCAGCGCCAUGUACCUCACCGAGUUCCUGGAUGGAGGGCACGGCGACUGCUUGCUCGAUGCCCCGGCCCCCCCCCUCGCCCUGCCCGCCGAGCUGCCCGGCCGAGGAGCCCUGUACAGCCUGGACCAGCAAUGCCAGCAGAUCUUCGGCAAGGGCUUCCAGCACUGCCCCAACACCACGGAGGAGGACAUCUGCGCCCAGCUCUGGUGCAGGACCGGCAGCGGGGAGCCCCUUUGCCACACCAAGAACGGCAGCUUGCCGUGGGCCGACGGUACCCCCUGCCAAGCCGGCGGGCGGGGCUGGGGCGGGCGCUGUGUAGAGGGGAAGGAGAACCUCCCUCGACCUGCUCCGGCGGUGGACGGCGGCUGGGGCCCGUGGAUUUUUUGCCACUGCGACAGCCCCAAGCCCCAGCACGGCGGCAGCUACUGCGAGGGCCAGCGCGCCAGGUACCAGUCCUGCCACACCGACGAGUGCCCGCCGGACGGGAAAAGCUUUCGGGAGCAGCAGUGCGAGAAGUACAACGGCUACAACUUGACAGAUCUGGAAGGGAAUCGCCUGGAGUGGGUUCCCAAGUAUGCAGGAGUAUCGCCCCGAGACCGAUGCAAGCUCUUUUGCCGAGCCAGAGGGAGGAGUGAAUUUAAAGUCUUCGAGGCCAAAGUGAUCGAUGGGACGCUGUGCGGACCGGAGACCCUCUCCAUCUGCGUCCACGGGCAGUGCAUCAAGGCUGGCUGCGAUCACGUCGUCGGGUCCUCCAAGAAGCUGGACAAGUGCGGGGUGUGCGGCGGCAACGGCUCGACCUGCAGGAAGAUAUCCGGCUCGCUCAACCGAUCCAAGGCUGAUGUGGGAUAUAAACAGUUCAAUGGCUUUUCCCUGGGCUCGGGGGUGAGGUUCAGUCCUGGGACACAGGCUGUAGAGGACCUUGUCCAGAUGACGCCCCUGGAGAGGCGACAGACCUUCCGACAGCUCCCGGAGCCCCUGACGGUCCAGCUGCUGACCAUCGCCAGCGAGGUCUUCCCACCGAAAGUCAAGUAUACCUUCUUCAUCCCCAAGGACGUCCCUUUCAGCAAGCAAAAAGACAAAGAGAAGAAGUCGGCCAACGUCAUCCGACCGAUGCUAACCUCCCAGUGGGUCCUGGGCGACUGGUCCGAGUGCUCCAAGACGUGCGGCUCCGGCUGGCAGAGGCGGACGGUGGAUUGCCGGGACGUGGAGGGUCAAACCUCCUCUGCCUGCGACAGAACCCUCAAGCCCGAGGACAUCAAGCCCUGCGGAGACGUCCCCUGCCCGCUCUGGCGCCUGGGUCCCUGGUCCCCGUGCUCCCAAACUUGCGGCGAGGGCUUGCGGACGCGCAACGCCUCUUGCAUCGAUUACACCGGUAAAAUCACCGCCCCGGAGAAAUGCAGCUCGCCGGGGCGAGUUGUCAAGCGUGUCUGCGGGGUGUUUCCGAAGAGCUGUCGCUCAACGCGGUUGCGGACGCCAUUUGUAAGGAUCGCUGGGGUUUUGAUGCUGGAAGAACCUGGCUUUGCCGUUGCUCCAUCCCAGCCGCCGGUCGAGGAGGUCCAGGAUGAAUCACUCAUCUGGCUGCGGGAACGAGCCGAGGGCCAGAUCCUGGCAGGCAUCGGGCAGGAGGACAGGCGAGAUGCUCACGGCGGUGUCCGCUGGGUUUAUAACCAGCAAGGUGACAAACCUCUGCCUCCCAACACCCCCAGCGUUACUCCUAAAGCGGCAACCCCAUGCCUGUAA